AUGGUCAAAGUUUCGAUAAAGUCUGACAAGCUUGUUGAGACUGAAUAUGUUGAGCCUACAAAGGAAAUCAUUCCUUCGAAAACUGGUUUCAUCCUUCAAGAGGUUCCUAUACCAGUUUCUCCAUCUUCAAAUAAACGACGGGCCAAGGAUGUUGCAAAGCAUAUUUCCAAGAAGAUGAAGAAGACGACAUUGAUCCUUCAGGACGACUCUAUGAAAGAAGAAGAAGUUCCUGAAACUCCAAAGGGUGAUGUUUCAUCCAAAAAGAAAUCUCACGUCAAAUUGACUUUCGAGGAGAUAGGAAUUUCUAGUAGCUCUGUGAAAACUUCUACAGUGGACACAACUACUAUUCUGGUUGAUUCAACUAAGAUAUUAACUUCUAAGUUGAUUUUGGUCAUACCACCUGAGGUUUCGAUAUCCAAGUCAUUUCUUGAGGAGCUUCGAACCUUAGACAUCUCGACACACGUAUCUGAUAUGGAUGUGAAUGUCAACAUGGGUGAGGGAGUCUCCGAAAAAGAACACCCAGUGUCUACUCAAUGUAUUUUAGAAAUCUCAAUCAUCACUACCAAUACUUCUUUACCACCAUUUAUCACAACUGUUUCUACAACGACACAUUCUCCAACUUUUGAUCAAGUUAUCAAUCAACCCAUCACUUCUCUUUUUCCAUAUCAAUCCAUUGAUCCACCAAAACUUGUACAUGAUGAUGACACUGAUGAUGGAGGAUUUAGAGGAUCAUUUGUUGAUCUCGAGUUUGAUCCUGAAGAAGAAGACACACUAGACCACAUGCUUAUGUUAGGGAAACAGUACAAGAUUCUCAAUAGAAAGCUCAACUCUUUGUUACCGUCACAAGCAGAUUCUAGCAGUAUACACUCAGUAUCUGGUAUUGACGUCGACGUCAUGCUCAAGGCUUAA